AUGGCGGACGGGAGCGGGCGGAGCGGCAAGAACGGCGGGGCCGGCGGCGGCGGGAGCGGGGGCGGCCCCGGGAAGGGAUCCGUGUCGGCCGAGCAGGUGGUGGCCGGAUUUAACCGGCUGCGGCAGGAGCAGCGAGGCUUGGCGUCCAAGGCGGCGGAGCUGGAGAUGGAGCUGAACGAACACAGCCUGGUGAUCGACACGCUCCGGGACGUGGACGCGACGCGGAAGUGUUACCGCAUGGUGGGUGGGGUCCUCGUGGAGCGGACGGUCAAGGAGGUGCUGCCCGCCCUGGAGAGCAACAAGGAGCAGAUCCAGAAGAUCAUAGAGACGCUGAGCCAGCAGCUGCAGGCCAAGGGCCGCGAGCUGAACGACUUCCGGGAGAAACACAACAUCCGGCUGAUGGGGGAGGACGACAAGCCGGCCUCCAAGUCCGGCGCCUCCGAAGGGGCCGGCGCCAAGACCGGCUCGGCCGGCGUACUGGUCUCCUAGGCGGCCCGGAGCCCCGCGCCCUCCCUCGUCGCUCCCCACCCACCACCCCCUUGUCGCGUCCUUAACUGUUCUUGGGUUUCCCAGUUGCUGCUCUUGUACUAUUAUUUUGUUAAUUAAAUGGUUUGAUCACGA